UUUUAAACUUGAGGGCGCCCCCGCCCCCUUUCUUUUCCCAAGCUCCGCGCCCCCAGGCCCCUGUGUAGCUGCUUCCCGCCCCUUUCCUCGCUACCUGGCUCGAGGUCUCCCCUCGCCCUGGUCCCCGGCCCCGGAGGGUGGGAAGCCGGGUCCCGCUCCCUGCCCGCCGCGUCUCCGCUGCCGUAGCUGCACCUGCGUCAAAUAUGAACGGGGUCAAGGACCCACCUCUUUUUAUAAAAGAUAUUAAGCCCGGACUGAAAAACUUAAAUGUCGUCUUUAUUGUCUUGGAGAUAGGACGAGUGACCAAAACCAAAGACGGCCAUGAAGUGAGAUCGUGCAAAGUAGCAGACAAAACGGGCAGCAUCACCAUUUCCGUGUGGGAUGAGAUCGGCACUCUCAUACAGCCGGGGGAUAUUAUUCGGUUGACCAGAGGGUACGCAUCCAUGUGGAAAGGGUGCCUGACACUGUAUACCGGAAGGGGUGGUGAACUUCAAAAAAUUGGAGAAUUUUGUAUGGUGUAUUCAGAAUUGCCAAAUUUCAGUGAACCCAAUCCAGAGUAUCGAGGACAGCAGAACCAAGGGGCAUACAGUGAACAGAAGAAUCAUCUCUUGAAUAGUAAUGCGGGUACAGGAAAUGGUAUUCAAGCCAGCCCUGAUUCACGGGGCUUUCAGUUUUCCUAUGCUGGUAGACGUAAUGGCCGGGGACCAAUAAAUCCACAUCUACCAGGAACAGACCAUAACCACACAGUUGUGACCACAAUAAGUACCGGCAGGGACCCUCGAAGAGCGUUAAAGAGAUGACCAGAAGCAGAAUACUUAAUGUAGUUUUUUUCAAACUACAGGACCUACUUGAAUGCUUAUUGCACUUUUAUUUAUUGUUAACUGUGAAAAGUAUGUCUUUCAUUGGUUUCCUUUCUCUUUUGUGUGUGUGUGAAGAAAAGUGGUUUUUAAGAGAAAAACUGCCAAGCUGCUUGUUUCUGACUAAAAUGGGAACAUUAAAAAGGAGAGGCGUUCGUUUCAGCAGCCUCUCCCCAAUGUACCCGUUUCAUGGGUGAGCUACUGACGCCAUCAGCUUUAUAGCCUCUGUGAGUCUGUCUUCUAUCCGAAGUUUACACCAUUUAAAAUAAGACUUAAUUGGAGAUGGUCUUUUGUCUUAAAGUCAGAUAUUGCCGAGUAAAGCAAUAACGACCAACAAAACAAAGACUUGGUCAGUACUUACUGUGGUUUUUUAGUGUGAUCCCAGGAAUGGUUGACUUCUUCAAUGAGUAACUGCCAUUAAGAUUUUUCUCAAGGGCUGAAUUAUUCUGCAUUUCCCUUUUUGUUUUGCUUGGCUUAAAAAAAAAUCACAAAGCCCAGGUUUCUAAAAUCAGAAUUAUGGAAUAGAAUGUGACCUGUAGCAAGCAGCUUAAGAAGAAAGUGGAUUUUAUUUUGGAGUAGAACUCUGAACAUUUGUUACCAAAUGUGGACCACAUUGAACAGGAAAUAAAAAGACAAGAUAUUUUUAAUAAAUAUAUAUUUGAAACUACCAUGUUCAUUCAAUAUUAAAGUAUAACCUGAGAAAGCUAAAAAGUAAUGUCAACAUUGAUUUCAGUAUUUAAAAAAAUAAUAAUGGGUAGAACAUUGUGAAGGGAAUUCAAAGUAAACUCGUGAAGAAAUGAGCAGCAGGUCUUGAGUCGGCAGCAUGGCAGGAGCCCAGGUGCUUACAGGUGCUUAGCCUGGAAUGAGGACCUUAUGCACUGAACCAUAUUUGAAAGGACUUCUCAGGGGAGGGGGCUGAGUGUGUUUGGUGUGUUGUCAAAAGUUUCUGAUCUCAGUUCACAUAGCCUUAUUAGGAAAAGCUAAGGAAGGGUUUUCUCAGUCAACACGGCUUGCUUUAGAAGUGUAAAGAUGGAAUUUAUCUGCAUCAAGAAUGGUACCAGUUCCAUCUUUUCCUGUGGGCUGAAUUACUGGCAGAAUUUUUCUGUGUUAAGAUUUAACUCUCCUGAAUAAAAUUUGCAUUAAUGUUAA